AUGAGAGGAGAGGAGAAGGUGCUGGUGGUUUUGCGGCAGCACAUUGCAGAGUGCAGCAAUUUCUACCUGCACGAGCAGGUCGACUACCGCGUUCAUGCCUAUUUCGAGAUGAAGAAACAGAAGGACAUGAAGGACACGGCAGCUGGAAGACCGGUCAUUACUACUGAAAACAGUACUGUUCGAGACAUGCGCCAAGAUUUUCUCUCUGAGCGCGCAAAUCACUACCGUCAGGAUGGUGUCGGAGCCAUUUCUCAUGGUAUUUUUGGGCAGUACGUGGCGCACGAUCGUUUCUUGGAGAAAGCCGAAACCUCCGUUUCAACAGCGAACAAGACCACGUGCCAAAUGUGA